CAAUAAAUUUCACUUAAAAAAAAAAAACCUGCAUUAAUGGGAGUUCCAACCACAAACCUAGAUUUUGCAUAUGAAUAAGAGACGUUUAUAUAGUAACUUGAAUAUGAAGACUGAGGCUUUUGCAUGAAGAGAAUGGAUAAUUAUGCUAGCUUGAACAUCACAUCAAAUCUUACAUUUGGAUUAUUUUAUUCUAUUCUAAUAUUCAAAAUUCAAAAUAUCAAGAUGGAGAUUGAUCAUUUGGAUGGAAUUAACCAAGCUGACAUGAGUAAUGUGGCUAAUAUUGAUGUAACAAUAGCAAAUAAUGCUAUUGAGUUGCUGAACAAUGAUGGUGAGGGUGGGAAUUUUGGAAAGAAAAGAAAGGGUGUACAAAAAAGAUCAAAGGUAUGGCUACACUUCAUUGCAUUUGAUGAUCCAGUUACUAGUCAGCAGAAAGCAAGAUGUAAUUAUUGUGGAAAGGUGUUGUGUGCUGAACCUAGGAGAAAUGGUACUUCUACCAUGAAUGGUCAUAUUGAAUGUUGCUUGAAAAAUCCUAGUAAUUUGAAAAAUAAUACACUAUUGAAGUAUGUUAGUAAAAUAGAUGGAAGUAAGACGGUGAUUGAUUUAGGAACUUGGAAGUUUGAUGAAGGUGCAGUGAAGAGAGCAUUAGCUGAAAUGUUAAUUAUUGAUGAGGACUCCUUUAGCUUAGUUGAAAAAUUAGGCUUUAAGAGGUUUUGUGAAGUAGCAUUGCCACCAACUUUUAAAAUUCCAUCUAGGAGAACCAUCACUAGACAAUAUUAUGACAUCUAUGUAGAACAUAGAAUUGCCUUGAAAAAUUAUUUCAAAGAAUCAAAUUUGAGAGUUUCAUUAACCAACGACACUUGGACUAGCUUACAAAGAAUUACUUAUAUGAGCUUGACUGCUCAUUUCAUUGAUGCUAAGUGGAAGUUACAUAAGAAAAUACUGUGUUUCUGUCCUGUUGAUAGCCAUAAAGGAGAUGAGUUGGGAGAUCUUCUUGUUAGAUGUUUGAAGGAUUGGGGGUUAAAGAAAAUUUAUGCAUUAACUGCUGAUAAUGCAUCAGCAAAUGAUGGACUUGUGAGGGUUUUAAAAGAUGCAGUAAAUAAAUAGGGAACUGCUAUUCUUGGUUUCUUUUGGACAAAGACUUUCUUUUGGACGUCUUUUGGACAGCUUUGAAGUAUUUUGAGAUGGCAAUUGGACAGAACAUGCAACUUGUGUUAAGGAAGAAUGGCUCUCAACUUUGCAUUUAAAGGUUACUUCUAAAGCUAUUUUGGACACUCAAAAGAGAAAUGGUUGUGUGAAGUGAUUUGCUGGAAAUGUGGCUUCAGGGAGUGCUGCUAGGGCAACUACAUUGUUGUUGCUAUAUUAUUUGGAUUAUGCACAUACCAGGCUUGGCAAUGAUGUAAUACAAUGCUCAAUUAAUG